UACAGGAAAGUGGUGUAAUGUAGAUCCCUGGUAUGUGUUCUGUCAACUGUUGCCAGGCAACCAUUCCGAAAGGCUCCAGAGCCAAAUGCAGCCGCUCAAUUGUAAACAGGCAACAGGACCUUGAGAAACCAAGAAAAACAAAGCCUUAAUUCUACCCAAAACAUGAAUAUGAGCUCUCGGACACUUUCUUUGGCUGUGGAGGAGCAGCUUCGUAGCCUCUGUCUGAAGGACUUUCCAUGUGGGCAUGGCUGUUGGAGCAAAUCCAGAGGGAAUAUCUUUGAGGAACAGAGUUGGGGCUACAUUGAGCAGGACGAGGGGAGAGAAGGUGCAGCCAAGGAAGAGCAGGAGGCCCUUAUGGAGCACUUGACCAGUCCACUGUCCCCAUGGCGACAUGAGGAGUCAUGGAGCCCCCAAGCCCUGACCCUGACAGAGCUGUCCGUGCGAACACCUGAACUUCUCCAUGGCAACUUCAUAUUCAGCCACUUCAACACCCUACGUAUUGUGGACAAGGGUGUCUCCAUCGUCGAUGAUGGCUUGCUCAGGUUCUCCAGUCUAAGAGAGUUAGUGCUGAGUGCCAACAAAAUGUCUGAACUGCAAGCAGAAUACCUGCCCUGCACUUUACAAGUGUUGGAGCUCUACGCCAACCAGGUUUCCAGCCUUAAAGGUCUAUGCAGCCAGCCUCUACCCUGCCUUCAGCACCUGGGUCUGGGCUGCAACAGGCAUGGUUCCCCCGCAGACAUCCAGUACCUCACUGGAACUCUAUGGCCACGGCUGGUAUCUCUGGACCUGAGCUGGUCUGGCUUCCAGGGACAGCAGGCCCUAGUGGAUGCCCUGGCCACCCUGCCUUGCCUGAGGACCUUGGUGCUGGAGGGCAACCCCCUUACCUUCACCCCGUCCUACCCAGGCUUCAUCCUGGAUAGCCUACCGCGGCUGCUCUACCUGGGCGCCACACGGGUCACACCGGAUGAUCACCAUCGCUUUGGAGGCCUGGCCAAGAUGAGAGACCGGAUAGUGGACCAGGCCAUGGCAACAGUGACAGUGCGUAGGAUCAGGGGUGUCCCGGACCCACUGCUGACUGUGGAUGAGAGUUCACCUGAGUUCCCUGUGGUCAGCUACAGCUACUUUGUCAACUAUGAGUUCCUCCGCCAACCACCCUCUGGCAACAAGCAGGCUGGCAGUGACACUGCAUCCACAUCUGAUCCAAUGGCACCCAUAGCGGAGAAGACGGAUGGGGGCAUCGUUGGUAUCUAUCAGACACCAAAAGAGAACUGUGAAGAGGAAACAACCAACACUCCAAUACCAGACACCACAGCCAGGACAAUGGAGAGUUUGGGAACUAACCAUUGUUCCAUUGAUGGUAUACAGACAAGGAGGUAUACAAAGACCCAAGUAAGAAAUCCAAACAUGACAAGAAGGAGGAGGACAAGAAAACUAAGUCAAUUGCUGACAGUGCAGGGGGGCAGAAGAAUGCUGCACCACCCUCUAAAAGUAAGGGAAAAGGAUGGAAGGAAAGCGAGGCAGAUUUCCCGCAUGGACGACAACUCUGCUCCCAGUUCACUGUGCACCUGGAGAAAUGGCAUUCAGCCUCAGAAGCCCAUCACCUGGUUCACCCAUGAUGAGCCAUCAGCCUAGCUAUUUGUAUGAAGAAAACGAAAAGUUGUAAUGACAAAAUU